UAUUUCACGAAGUCCAUCACAUCACAUCUGUGUUGGUUUCCGUUCGUAUUAAAAAUUUGGAGAAAAAAUCUCGAUUUUACGGCUCAUAUUCUACCCGAUUUUGUACCUAAAGGUGUCUAAGAAAGCUUAGAAGUUAUCCAAACAGUUACGAUGUCUUUGGAAGAUCCAUUCUUCGUGGUUAGAGAUGAAGUUCAAAAAGCUGUCAACAAAGUUAGAGAACUGUAUUCAAGGUGGAAAGAACUUUUAAAUGAUCCUCGUAUGGCAGGAAGAGAAGAAUAUGAUUGGACGACGAAUGAACUGAAGAAUAAUAUUCGGAGUAUUGAAUGGGACUUGGAAGAUCUGGACGAAACUAUCGGCAUUGUGGAAGCAAAUCCAAGAAAGUUUAAUAUGGAUAUAUCUGAACUUAAUAAAAGAAAGCUGUUUGUAAAGCAAACAAGAGAUGACAUGACCUCCAUCAAAGAACAUUUGAAUAGUCCGUCGGCAAGAACAAAACUUGAGACUUCUACGAGACAAGCUUUACUUGGUAACAGAAAUGGUAAACCUCAGGAUAAAUAUUCACGUUUAGAUCGAGAAAUAGAGCGAUCAAAUCAAACAUUUAUUGAUGAUCAACAACAGCAACAAUCUUUAUUAAUGCAAUCACAAGAUGAACAAAUAGAAAUGGUUGGACACAGCGUUGGCGUACUUAAAACCAUGGGUAAAAAAAUUGGAGAUGAAAUCGAGGAUCAAAAUUUGAUAUUGGAUGAUUUUGGACAUGAAUUAGAGAUGACAGACUCAAAAUUGAAUCAAGUUGUUCUAAAAGUAGAAAAAGUUCUUCGUCUUUCAGAUGACAAACGACAAUGUUAUGUUCUCAUAUCACUAAUAGUAAUAAUGGUAAUUGUAAUUAUUUUAUUUAUAGUGCUGUGAAAUAGAAUCAUAUUAGCUAUAUCUAACUCUCAUGAAAUUUAUUAUUGUGUUAUACAAACUCUAAUAUGCCAAGUUGGGAAGUGGGAUGUGUCAUUGAAACAUAUAUAUGCCUGUACGUUAUUAAAUGAAAUUAUGAAUAAUUAAUCAGGAAAUACAAAUAUUAAACAGACAGAAGAAGUCUAAUUUGGAUACAGCAUUGUACAGAUUACAGGCUAUCAAUUGUAUCCGCAUUUAACUUUAACAUGGAUUUACUUUAUCAAACUUACUUCAAUCUCAAAGCGUUUAUAAGAACAAGGAGAUUAUAGACAUUAAUUUUUAUAAGUAAUACGGUUCUGUCCAAAAAGGUUGAUGAAGGUUUUGUUGCAUGCUGUGUGUUGCAUAUGUUACAUGCUGCAUGUUGUGUGUUACGUGUUACAUGCUGCAUGUUGCGUUGCAUGUUACAUGUUGCAUGUUGCGUUGCRUGUUACAUGCUGCAUGUUGCAUACCAAGCCUGAAGUGCACUAUGGACAAUGUAAAUACAAUCAACGAAAGUUCACAACAAUAUGAAAUAUUCCUAUACUUUGUGUGCACGUCUUUUUUCUGGCAUCAUUUCUUCUAUGCUGCCAUUAUAGUACAUUUUCACAGCAUGCAACACAUCAUGCAACAAACCCUUCACCAACCAUGACUCUUUAUUGGCUUCCACUUUAAAGCAAUAAAAUACAUACCAUCCAAUCACAGUGCUUGACUCUAAUAUGGCUCCCACUCGUCUAAUGAGUCUAUUUUGGCUACCAGCCUGAACCAAUCAGAAAGAACCAAAAUGCAUAGCAACCAAUCACAGUGCUUGACUCUAAAAUGGCUUUCACUCAUUUCAUGGCUACAUAAUGAAUUCCAGUCUGAGUCAAUCAGAGAGCACUAAAAUGUAUGCUACCUAACCACUUGCUUAAAUCUAAAACGUUGAUUCCCCUUGAGAAAGUAACAGCUUUACAAAUGGUAGCCAUGUUGGUUGAUCUGAGAAGCGAAACUCAUGCCAAUUUUAUCAAUUCAGCCAACAUGGCCGCCAUAAGAACUCUUAAAUAUCCUUUGUAAAUACAGUUCAAAACAGAUUUGAUGGAGAUCAUAAGAAUAAAGAAAGGGUAGAAAAUGGAAA